UUUCGUGCCGCGCAUCCUCCGCACGGCGCUGGUGCGGGCCAGCCGAGCGGUCGCACCUGCGUUCGCUCCAGAGCCGAGCCCCGGUUGCGGGGCCUUGGGAGGGGCCCGAGCUGAGGGCGGGAGGGCGAGCAGGCUCCGGUUUCGGGGCGAAUAGAGGUCCAGAGGAGCGUGGAGGAUUAGGGAGAUCCGGGGAGUCCGAUCCCUCCGGCCAGCCGGCAUCAUGGCCUGGCCGUGCAUCACCCGGGCCUGCUGCAUCGCCCGCUUCUGGAACCAGCUGGACAAGGCGGACAUCGCCGUGCCGCUGGUCUUCACCAAGUACUCGGAGGCCACCGAGCCCCCCGGCGCCCCGCAGCCGCCGCCGGCCCCGCGGGUCCCCCCCCCGGCGCCACCCCAGGCCGCGCCGCCGCGCGCCGUCGCCAUAGAAACGCAGCCGGGCCUGGGGGACCUGGAUGCCGUUGCCAGGGCAACGGGGCCGGGGCCGGCACCCGGGCCGGGGCCCAGCGGCGAGCGGGAGCCGCCGGCGGGCGGGGCCAAGGCGGGCCCCGCGGGCCCGGCCGACUCGGUGAUGCGCCAGGACUACCGAGCCUGGAAGGUGCAGCGGCCCGAGCCCAGCUGCAAGCCCCGCAGCGAGUACCAGCCGUCGGCCGCGCCCUUCGAGCGGGAGACGCAGUACCAGAAGGAUUUCCGGGCCUGGCCCCUGCCCCGCCGCGGAGACCACCCCUGGAUCCCCCGGGCCCCGGCCCCGGCCCCGGCCCCGGCCCCGGCCCCGGCCCCGCCCGAGGACCGGCGCCGCCGCCGCCCGCCGAGCCAGGAGCGGAGGCCGCAGCCGCUCCCGCCCGCCGGGGAGCCCCAGGAGGGGGGCUCGGGGGGCCCGGACGGGGGCGGCCCCGCCGCCGGGAAGGCCUCGGCCGGGGACGGCCGGGACCCGCGAAGGAAGGCCGGUCCUGGCUGGAUGCUGCGCCGCGCCGAGGGCCAGGGGCUGGGGGCCGGGCCCGGGGCCGGGGCCGGGGCCGGGGCCGGGGCCGGGGCCGGGGCCGAGCCCGAGCCGCCGCUGUCGCCCCCCGCCGCCGCCGCCGCCCAGGCCCCCGACGGCGGCCGAGGCCGGGCGGCCGUCGAUGCCCUCAACAGGCAGAUCCGCGAGGAAGUGGCCAGCGCGGCCGGGAGUUCCUACAGGAACGAAUUCCGGCCAUGGACUGACAUCAAGCCGGUGAAGCCCAUAAAGGCCAAACCUCAGUACCAGCCCCCGGAUGACAAGAUGGUCCACGAAACCAGCUACAGCGCCCAAUUCAAGGGGGAGCCCAACCAACCGACCCCAGCUGGCAGCAAGGGCAUUGACCGCAGGAGGAUACGCAGCUUGUACAGCGAGCCCUACAAGGAACCGGCCAAGGUGGAGAAGUCCAGCGCCCAGACGUCCAAACCAAAAAAGACCUCCACAAGCCAUAAACCCGUUCGGAGGGUCAAAGACAAACCCGCGUCGGGCCGGGCCGCCAAGAAGAAGGCCGCGGACGGCGCCAGCGAGAAAAGUAAAGAGAUGAACAAUAAACUGGCCGAGGCGAAAGAGUAAAUUGCCCUGCCCUCUCCUUUCCCCCACUGUCUCUGUCUCUCUGUCUCUUUCUGUCUCUCUCGCUCUCUCUCCCCCUCUCUCUCUUUCUCUCUAUCUCUGUCUCUCUGAUGGAAAGGCCACAAAAUGGAUUAGAGGCUUCCCUUGCUUGUGUCCUGCUUGGGUCAGGCGCCUGUUUGCUUUCGUUGCCUUCACUUUGGGGUUUUCUCUCCCACGACACUGGGUCAGGAUCCGCUUCCUUUCCGAGGUGUGGGACUCUGUUCCUCCCGCCCUGUUCGUCUGAUCCCAGGGGGCUCGAUGACAGGGCAGCAGGGAGCGGACACGGAGCUGGCAAAGGGGAAUAUCUUGCUAGGCCUGGGGGAGGUGUGACCCGGGGCCUGGCAGGGCCGAGCCACCCGGAGCCCCUGUUGGAGUUUCCCCAGGCCACCGCCAGAACUCCCAGGAAGGUGUGUCCUGCCGCUGCCAUCCUCCGGCCCGCCAGGCCUGGCUAGGUGACCGUUAGGCUUCACCAUGAGCGUGAGGCUAUGGGAUUUGACUGGUUUUGCCUCACUGUAGAUAGCUCUGUGGAACGUUCCCUAGCUGUCAUUUUGCUCGUGUUUGUGUAGACAACUUCUCUGUCAGUGCUGGGCCUGGGCACAUGCGGACCACCUGGGCCACUGCCACCGAGAGACGGUGGUCCGACGGCACCUUGGGAUCUCCGAGAGCUCAGGAAGCAGCCGUGGGGUGCUGUGGUGUCUGCCCUGGUUCCGAUGGAUGUUUAACUGUAGUUUAAGACCCAUGUCCGCUAGCGCACUCAGGCUCUGCAGAGAUUGUCCUUGCGGUUUGGGCUGGCGAGGGGCCAAAGGAGGGAAAAGGGGCGAGAUAGGAAGUGGUAGCAGGGCAUGUGGUGAUGUUUGCUUUCUCCUCCCUGAGUCCCCUGCCAGGUGAGGGCCCCUCCCGGAACGCAGGGAAGGACGCAGUGACCUUGACGUCGCUGGAAGCGGAGCGGCGGCCUGGGGUGCCGGGGUGGGGAAAUACAGAGUUCAGUGGACUGUGUCAUGUGUCUUUGUGGCUUGUGCUGGGAGGAGCCCUGAGCUUCAGGUGUAGGUGUCGUGAUGUUCCAGUGGUGUCAGUUCUGAGUUUAGCCAUGUUCGAGGUGUAUGGUCUCAACUAGCCCAGAUGGGCUUGUGGGGUGGGUGAGAGGCUGAGCUGGAGGAGGUGGUCCCUCAGAGCAGAGGGGAUGCGGGGUGGAGCAGGGGUCCCUCCAGGAGGAACACCCUGUGUGACCCCAGAAAAAUCACACUGUGGCAUUAUGAGUCUGGAAUGCGAUUUACCGGUCAGGCACCGCUGUGCCCACCUUCCCCUAGUCUCGUUCACAACACCGUCCUUAGAGUACAAAUCUCAGCUUUUUGCCUGUCCUUUCAAGCAAUGAAAGCAACUCCGCUACCUCUUCCUGGCCAUCAGCAGGUGAACAGUUAAGGGCUCCUCUCCUCCUCCUCCUCAGGCACCUCUGGGGCUUGUUUCCAAGAUCUCAGGAAACUUCAUACUCUCAUCAGUGUCUCCACUGACCCUUCUGGGUCUGGGGCCCAGCGAGCCUGUGUGCUGGCCACUGGCAGCCCACCGUGGCUCUUGGACAGUUAACAUAACAGGGGCAAGGAAGGCCAGGAGGGGCCCCAUUGCUUCUGGACCGCAAGCUCCUAUUUCCUGCAUAGGAACGGCUAUCUCUCACCCCAGUCCUACCGCCGCCCAUGGAACCUCCCGGGGUCCAUCCAGUGGCCCGGGCAGGGGGCUCUGAGCUGAGCACCCCAGGCGAGGCCGUUAGUGCCACGGCCCAGACCGGAGGAGACCACCGGUAACCUGGGCUCGAGGCCCCGGGGCAUCGCUAGGCUGGAGAUUUCAGCCUUUGGCUCAGUGCUCUGCUCGCCACAGCCCUCAUCCUCAGCUCGUCCCUCUCGCUGCUUUUGCCACUCUUGCCACCUGUGUGCUUCCGCGACUGCCCGUUCUGCUGCCAUCGCUGUGCCGCUCAUCUGGCUCUGCAUCUGUGCUGCUGGCCUGCGCCCCGCGUGUCGCUCCCUGGCAACCCCCUGCCCCGCCCUACCCCCCGGGGCAGGUCGGAAGGCUGUCAUCGCUAUUUUGUGGCCUGGGUUUCGUGGCAUAUCACAGAUGGUCUCUGUAACAGGCAAGCCCACCCCUCUAGGUGCCCACCUCCUGCUGUUGUUAGUGUGACAACGACCAUGACGAAAUCCUCGUGUGUAGCCAAUUGAUUGUGAUGUGCUUGUGGCCUGCGCUUGCUCAGAAAGGGUUUUCAACUCCAAUAAACGCUCAAGACCAA